CUACAUCUAUAUAAAAACAAUGACGUAGACACCAUCGCCAUCGCCAUGGUCAUUAACUCUCUAUUACUUUAAUCCUUUCAAUUUUUCCCUUCUAUUACCCCAAUCUUUUCCAAUCUCUGUGUGUGAAAAAAUGAAUAUUGUUAGGAUCGUGGAAACUUGAAGAUCUGGUCGAGGCACAAACCCUAGAAAAGGUUACGUUCGAAUUUCGAACCAUUUUCCAUCGUUUCUUGAUCACUUGUUUUCAUUUGUAUCUCGCAGAUGAUCGUAUAGGAUAUAACCAGUUUUAGACAGACAAAAGGCACGAUCGAUCUGAACACUUCUCUGGCCUGAGAACAAGAGAUUGAGAAAAAAAACCCUGAAGAAGGAUGACAUCGACGACAACACCAUGCGCUGCAUGCAAGUUACAGCGCCGGAAAUGCACGCAAGAGUGCGUGUUCGCUCCCUACUUCCCUCCGGACCAGCCCCAGAAAUUUGAGACGGUCCACAAGGUGUUUGGCGCGAGCAACGUGGCCAAGAUACUCAGCGAACUGGCACCGGCCCAGCGCGAGGAUGCCGUCAACUCCCUCGCGUACGAGGCUGAUGCCCGGCUCCGCGAUCCAGUCUACGGCUGCGUGGGCCUCAUAUCCAUCCUCCAACACCGGCUCAAGCAAGUCCAAAUCAACCUCUACAACGCCAAAAAAGAAUUGGCCACUUACAUUGGGCCCCAGGCAAUGUUACCCAUUCUUAAUCCGCAAAACUACCCUCAGCCACAGCAACAAAUGGUGGAGGCGCAGCAGUUGGCAGCGGUUUUGGCAGCGAGAGAGCAACAAGAGAUUAUGCGGAGUUAUGAGCAACAGCAGCAGCAAGAGUUUGUGAGGUUUGGUGGCCGUGGGUUUGACCCGGUGGGCGGAAAUGCGUUCAACCAGAUGAAUGGUAGUGUGGUGGCGGGUUUGGGUGUGGGAGUGGGUUCGUUUGUGGAUAAUAGUGGUUAUCAGAUUCCGCAACAGGGACAGGAACAGGAGCAUUCUCAGAGCAAUCAGCAACAGCUUCAGCUUCAAUCACAGAUUUUGAUUCAGCAGCAACAACAGUUGCAGGUGAUUCCUAAGCAGCAGCAGAAGAGGUCCGGAAGUGAGGAGGGUCGGAGUGUUGUUUGAACAAGUUUUGGUUCCAGAGAGAGAGAGAGAGAGAGAGAGAGAGAGAGAGAGAGAGAGAGAGAUCUUCAAUUUUGGAGUAUGAAGGAAAGACGAUAUUUAUUGGGAGGUACAUUUUCAGAAAUGUAGGAGCUAGCUGCAUUGAUUACAACUGAAUUUGCUCUCUUUUUAGUUUGCAUUAGAAACCUCUUCGAGGCAUGUUAGUUUUGGGUGUAACUAGGUUUUAGAACUCUUUUCUUUUUUUCUUUUUUCUCCUUAUUAUCAUAAAGAAGAUAGUUUCUCACUUAUUCCUCCCUCUCCGCUUGGCUUAAGGAAAAUAAUUCCGAAUUCACAUUAUAUCA